UAUGAGAUUUGAAAAAAAAUCACUCAAACUAUUAUUCAAACAAAAUCCUCUACUUCAAAAUUUUCGUGCAAGCGCAAAAAAUAGCGCUUUGCAGCGUUGAAACAGCGACAACUGGCGUCACCAAAUCCAAGCAGUCACAGUGCCUACAAAACUCUUCAAAACUAGGUCCGAGGCGCACUUGCAAUGUAUGCGCCCUGUGCAAAAACCUGUCUGCUGGACGAUCGUGAUGCUAAAACCGCGCUGGCACGAACUGUAAAAUUCUACAAUGGCGUUAAAGUGCCCAUAAUAGGACUCGGCACGCAAGAUAUUGAAGCACACAUCACUACACGCUGCGUAAAGGAUGCUAUCGAUGCUGGUAUACGGCAUAUAGACUGUGCGCCAAUCUUCUGCAAUCAACAGGAGGUGGGACUGGCAAUCAAAGAGAAAAUCGCUGAGGGUACCAUAAAGAGAGAAAACCUCUAUAUAUCCAGUAAGCUUUGGAAUUCACGACACGGUCCGAAAUGGGUGCGUGCCGCAUUGGAAGCAACAUUAAAGGAAUUGCAACUUGAUUAUCUCGAUAAUUAUGUGAUGCACACACCAAUGGGUUUCCAAGACGGCUUCGAGAAUUAUCCACGCAAUACUAGAGGUGGAAUUAUAUUUUCGGAUAUCGAUUAUGUGGACACUUGGCGCGUAAUGGAGUCGCUGGUCGACGCUGGUCUGGUACGUUCCAUUGGUUUGGCCAAUUUCAAUGCCGAACAAAUCGAACGCAUACUGGCAGUGGCACGCAUACCGCCGGCUAACCUACAGGUGGAAUGUCAUCCGUAUUUAACACAAAAGAAAUUAAUGGAUCUAUGCUGCAAGCACAACAUAAUCUUUAUGGCUAGCAAUCCAACUGGACCGCUAAGGAAAAAUGGCAAUAUCACAGCGUUUAGGUGUAAUCCAAAGAUUUUAUGUUUGACUAGAAAAUAUGAUAAAACCACAGCCGAGAUAUUAAUACGUUAUCAAGUGCAAUGCGGCAAUGUUGUAUUGGCGAGAACAACAAAAAAGGAACAUAUGAUACAAAAUGUAAUGGUUGAAAAUUUCAAACUGUGUCGGAAGGAUAUGGAAGUGCUUGACUUGAUGAAUUGCAACUACCGAAAUAACACGCUUGCUUACGCCUCUGGACAUCCAUACCAUCCUUUUGAAAAUGAUUGCAUUUGAGCACACUGUUUUCGAAAAUAUAUACCAACUACUUUACGGAACGUAUAUAACUGAUAAAUUUUCAAAAAUAAAACGUAAAUAAAAAUGAAAAACUGGAAGAAGAAGCACACAAAAGUCAAACAUAAGUGAAAAAAAAUUAAUUUUUCUAAUUUGAAAAUUCAAAAUUAAUUUUUUUGUACUUAUUUAAAAUUCAAAUUAAAACAACAAUAAAAUGUUAAUAUUCACAACAAAUUAACUAACAAAUAA